AUGGCCACCAAAACCCCCCGUUCCGGGCCUACAGGCUUCACAAGAGCCUAUCUCUUCCUAUACAACACCCUAAACCUCCUCUCCUGGGGCACCUGCCUGGCAUACACAGCAACCCUCCUCCCGGAACAUGCCUCAACAAACCGCAUCGCGAACAUCUUCAACCUGACCUUCUCGCCAUUGCUCCUAGCCACACAAUCCCUGGCCGUGCUGGAGGUCGUGCACAGCCUUGUUGGGCUUGUGCGCGCACCGCUCUUGACGACUGCUAUGCAGGUUGCUAGUCGGUUAUUGCUGGUUUGGGGUAUUAUGGCGCAGUUUGGUGGGGACAUUGUUGGUGCGCGCAGCACUCAGCUGGGUGAUUAUGCUUAUCUGGGCUGUGUUGCUGCUUGGGGCGUUACUGAGGUCAUUCGUUAUGGGUUCUUUGCUAUUACGCUUUCUGGGAAUUCGGUUCCUGGCUGGUGGACGUGGUUGCGGUAUAACACUUUCUAUGUUCUCUACCCUAUUGGUAUCUCUAGCGAGUGCACUCUCAUUGUCAAGGCCCUUGGUCCUGCUGGGAACAUUAACCCGCUUUUCCGCUUCGGGCUGAUUGCUAUUCUUGCUAUCUAUAUUCCUGGCUCUUAUAUCCUGUACACCCACAUGAUUGCUCAGCGCCGCAAGGUCAUGCGCGGCAAGCAGCGCGUCGAUUAA